CGUUCGCCAUCGCGCUCGUUGCGAAACUCGCACACUGCACAUCGCAACCUCACACCACACACCAUGUGUCAACACACGUCUUGGCUGUGGCUGCGGGCUGUCAUGCGGACGUGACAUGAUGACGUACGUCGCACACAAUGUGCACCACGCACCUGGCCCAAGGAAACCCUUCACAAGCUGCGUCGAGUGCGCAACGUCACAUGUGUUGACUGACAUCGCACUGCUGGUGGAUCGUUGUCCGGGUUUCGUGGGAGAGUGCACGCUUACAGCGUGUGUGUAUGUGUGUGUGUGGCGCUCUUUUCUAUCUCCCACAACAACUCCACACAGCACAAGCUUGAGAUGACUGCCACCACCUUCGAAAUUGAGCAACUGAGUUGGUGCCGUAUCCCUUGGCCACGAUGCCGGGUCGCCGCUCCUGGCAGUGUCGGCUGCACCGGAUUCUUCCACGCCCACGUCCUCAUCCAGUACCACAGCUGCUGUCAGUGCUACUGUCACAACGACCGCGACGACGACGACGACGACGACGACGACGCUUCUUACAUCGCAGCCUGAUGAGUUUGCCGUUAUCGACAUCAUCCCCGCGUCCACCGCAACCGACACGGCCACACCAUGCUCUCCCACCACCAGAAGCGACGCCAUCGUAGUGCUGGUGCAUGUCCCGAAGUCCAGUGCCAUAACCUCAGCCAUUGGGGCCCCCGAUGAGGCAUCGUCGCCAGAGCACGUGCUGCAGCGCCUGUGUCCUCUGCCAGCAGCCGCGAUGACGACCACGACAGCAGUGAGCACAGUCACACCGGUGGACACGAGGCCCUGUGUCACAGCCGAUGCAGACCAGCCGCUGCUGCCACCGCUGCCCCCACUGGAGCCGUCGACGACAUGUGAGCACCCAAGCAGCAUCCUCGUCAUUGACCCAUCCACGGGCACAACAGCAACCACAGCCGCCGCGCCUAUCGCUGCUACCGCUGGUGCUGCACACGACACAUCGUACACCCUCAUCACCCCCGCCGCUGCAGACGCCAUAGCAGCGGCGGCGGUGACGACGACACCGACGAAACGAGCGGUGGUGUGGGCGGCCCUGCUGCUGUACAUGCUGAUGAUUGGCGGCGCGCAGGUGCUGUUCCGCAUGCAGGUGGUGUUGUAUGGCGACACGACCACCUUUGCCCUCUCCACCUACGUCCUGUUUGUCAUCAUGGGGAGCGUGACGGCCCAGUCCGCGUACGUUGCGUACCAGAUGGCAUACCUGUGUCGCAGUGCCACCCCCAAACCGCGUUGGGUCACCCCCGUGCAAGGCUUCCUCUCUGGCGUGCUCAGCCUGACUGGCCUGGCGCUGUACCUGGUCAUGACGAGCGAUGGCGGCGAGGCGUCCGUGCUGUCUCCGCUCACAGCGCUUUUCAUCAUCAUCCCACUCGCGUACGGCGUGCUUGGCCUUGGUGAUCGUCUCAACGUGCCCCGUACCCUUGGCGUCGUGCUGGCGCUGCUGUCCGCUGUCCUGUUUGCCAUGAGCACCGGUGGCAGCCUCCAGUUUAGCGGACGCACCAUCCUCCUCUUUGUCCUGGCGGUGGUGGCGUGGGGCGUGUGCACGCUGCUGUACCAGGUGUUCUCGCUCAAGGAGCGACACGAGUACGCGGCAGGGUACCUGGGCUUUGUUGGCGGCGUUGUCACGGCUGCGCUUGUCGUUGCCUUUGCCGCUGGCUUCCCCUUACCCGACUUCCACUUCUCCGCCUCCCACGCCAUCGUGUAUGGCGGCGGCAUGUGUCGUGGCAUCGGCUCUGUCACUUUCUUUCUUCUCGCGCGCGCAAUGCCACAGGAAGCGGCGGUGGUUGCUCCCAUCAGCAGCUUGUAUGUCAUGCUGCCGGUCGUCGUGGGCAUGGGCUUUCUUGGGGAGGCCGUCGAUGCGUGGAAGCUGGGCGGUGUCGCAGCGUCCGUGCUCGGCGUGCUGCUGAUGGGCGUGCGUGAUUGGUCGACUGUGCUCCCGUGUCUUUACCGUCACCGUCGUGGUGCGCGCCAUGCCAAGACAGCCAUCCUCCCUGCCGUCGUCAGCGCAGGAACACUUGACCUCGCAACUGCCACUGACAAUGGUGGCGUCGGUGUUGGCGUGCACGCGCGUGAUGUGCUUGUGGCGCCGGCAACAACUGUCACGACUGCGAUUGCUGCAGCAAGGCUACCAUCUUCAGCACUUGACCCACCGUCAUCAUCAUCGUCAUUGUCAUCAUCAUCGUCAUCAUCACCCAGCCCAACACCGCUGACGACUGCGACCACCACGGGUACAUCGACCCCAACAGCGGCACCAGAUGCGCGCAGCAUUGCCGGCGAUAUUGACAUGUGCGAACGACCGCUUAUGGCAGCGUGGGUGGCGCACGAUGCUUGUGGCCAGCACACCACACUCGCGACAACGACAGCGCCAACAACAGCACGUGCUCCACGGACGGACAGGGGGGCUUCUAUCAUUCCCGCUCAAUCAACACCAACAGCAGCAACAAGUGCGACAAUGACAGCAGCAGCAUCACCAGCGUCUGUGCAACGACAACGGGUGCCGUGGUGGCGUGUGCGGACCAGCAAGAAGGGCAGCCGUCGGGCCACGGUGGAGGUGUUGAAGGAUGUGGCACCCAAUGGGGUUGCUGCUGCAUUCGAUGACCUCGCACUGGAGCGGCAGCAGCAGCACGAGGAGGAGGAGGAGGAGGGCAUGGUGGAAAAGGAGGCGUUGGGGCUGUGUGAGGAGACGUUUGGAUGGGGCAACGACGACGACGACGACAGAGGCGAGGGCGGGCUUUGAUCGACUGUUUCACUUUGGUUGUUUUCAUGUUGACAAAGCCUGUACAAUCAAUUCAUAAACGACUCGCCAAC